AUGAUCGAAUUGGGACUCGCUCGAAUUGCGCGGCUUGUUCCGAAAUCGUCCCUGGCCUGGAAAGCAAUUCACGUUGCUGGAACGAAUGGCAAAGGUUCAAUUACAGGCUACAUUUCUGCUCUGCUCACAGCGGGUGGUGUUCGCUGCGGCUCGUUUACUUCGCCUCAUUUGGUCGACCGUUGGGACUGCAUUACGGUCAACGAGCAGGUGGUCCGAGAAUACCUCUUUCGUACGAUAGAAAAUGAGGUAGGGCAGCGAGACCAGACACUGGGCCUUGGGGCUACGGAGUUUGAGCUUUUGACUGCUACCGCAUUUGAAAUCUUUCACCAGGAGCAGGUUGAGGUCGGUGUUGUGGAAGUCGGUGUUGGUGGCCGCCUCGAUGCAACGAAUAUCCUGACAGACGCCCUGGUAUCAAUCAUCUCGAAGAUUGGAUAUGACCACCAAGCAAUAUUGGGAAAUACCAUUCAAGAGAUUGCUAAGGAAAAGGCCGGAAUCAUAAAGCCAGGAGUCCCCUGCAUUGUGGAUGGCACGAAUUCCCCUGAGGUGAAGGAGGUAAUAAAAGAUCAUGCCGACGCAGUGGGCGCACAGACGACGUUUGUCGAACCAGAGAGCAUCCGGGAGACGUAUCCCGCUCUACACCGUCGAUUUGAAACGCUCGAUCUGCCACCCCACCAGCGCACAAACCUCUCCUGCGCGAUCAUGGCUCUCCGCGCUUCCUUACCCGAGAUUCGACCGGAGCUACCGGUCGAUCGACUCUUUCCAUUUGUGCCCAAAACUCCACGCUCAGGAAGACUACAGGAGCUGUGUCUUGAGCCCCUGAUUCCCCGAAGAGAGCCAGUUUUGCUCGACGGGGCCCACAACCCGCAAUCCGCUGAGGCAUUGGCCCUAUAUGUCGAUCAUAGGCUCCGAGCGUCUGGUAACUGCGUUACAUGGGUUGUUGCGGCCUCAGAGGGUAAAGACAUGCGACAAUUGUUUGGUGACAUGCUUCAAGCGGGCGACAACGUUGCCGUUGUGGAGUUUGGUCCUGUCGCGGGUAUGCCGUGGGUGCAGAGCGUUAAGUCCGAAGACAUCGCGUCGAUGGCCCGCUCGAUUGACGGGAUUGGAAGUGUAGAGAAAUUUGGAGCUGAUAUUCGGGCUGGCCUGAAUUGGGCUAGUACGGUAUCUGCGGGCCGCCCUAUGGUUAUUGCCGGCAGCCUUUACCUGGUUUCUGAUGUGCUACGGCUACUUCGGUAA